AUGCGCAUCUGCACGUGGAGGCGCUCAUGCGCUUAUUUUUGCCGCACUUUCCGGGGUUUGCCAGCACAGCUCGCGUUACAAAACCUUGAUUUUGACCAUUGCGCGAAAAAGGUACAUCUCGGGGCGGUCGAGCCUGAAGCGGUGGCUGCUGAGCCGGACGUGGCCGCCGAGACGGACGCGGCGGAGGAGAAAUGCGACGAUGCGGUCGGCGCGGAGGUGUCCCCCGUGUCCCCGCUGGUCCAGAUCGUGUCGCCUCGCACCUCGAUCCUCAAGGCGAGCGGCUGGGUGCAAAACUCCGAGUCCUUCCUCUCCAACCAGACGUCCGAGGCGAGCUCCGAGUCCGAGGCGGAGUGCGCCCAGGCCGACUCGAGCGGAGCGACGACCGCCGCAGCAGCCUGAGUCCGGCGGCCUCACGCGUCAUCGCAUGGAUCGCGGCGAUCGAGCCACGCCCCCCGGCCAUCGACGAUGUUCAUUACAGACUCGCCUGUGCGCGGAGGACUGCCGCGCUGCUUGGCGCGGCCCCGGAAGGCUCUCAUGAUAGGGUCUCAGGGCCCACCCACCACGAGAGCGAGCCGCUUACACAUACCGAGUAGAGCCUUCUCGAGUGGGUCGCCGCUCUGCGCGCCGGCCCUCGGUAGCGAGGGGCUGCCUUCCAGAGCGUGUGGGGGGAGAGUCUCUUUUAUUUGCUCCAUCAUGGUUUGAGGCU